AGUAAAGAAUAUGUUCUAGUAAAAUGUAUAAAAGAGUUUUAACAAUGUAUGUCUGACAUUCUGUCUUCUGCACACGGUAGAAAAUAAACAAACAUGUCUUCCUUCGGUUUCUUCCUCCUGUGCAUUCAGGCUUGCCUUAUCAGCUCGGUGUACAGCCAGUACCUGGGUUGUGGCCCAGCGCUCGCCCCCACCAUGGCCAUGGGAGUGCCUGCGAUGCCCCUCGCCGCGCCCAUGUACGACCCCAUAGUCCGCGGCGGAUGCGGCGCCGCUUACGGAGGCUCUGGCAUCGGCAACCUGGCUGUCGCCGGUGAGCUGCCCGUGGCUGGCACCACCGCCGUCGCCGGUCAGGUGCCCAUCAUCGGCGCUGUGGAAUUCGCCGGACCCGCUGCCGCCGCUGGUGCCGUCACCAUCGCUGGCAGCUGCGGUUGCGGUUGCGGUGCUCCGUACAUGUACUAGGAGCUGUUUUUCAAUAUAAAAAUGUACCUUUGAUACAAAUAAAAAUAUUAUUUUCUAACCUU